UGUAACGAUAGAUACACGCUUCAGGUGGCGGAAAUGCACCUCAGUUGGUUUGUCAACCGCCAAUAAAUCCAAGGAAGAAGAUACACGCUUCACGGUGUAAUGCAAUGAAUCGCAUUUUUUUUUUUUAAUACCUAGGUCGAUGAUUUAUUAUAAUUGAAGAUGAACGUAAAAACAGUAGGUUGUUUAUUUUUUAGGUCCUUGUGUCCGUGUUACAUAUAUACUCCCUUGCUGUUAAGAAGCUCUUGUCGAGGUCAUCGACAAAACACAAGCCAACCACCACAACAUGACACACGAGCACAGUUGCAGUCUGGAUUAAGUCCAGCAGCGUCAUCAAAAUAUGACUGGAUUGGCCCACCAGACAGACUCUCAAACCUGAGGCCAAUCAUAUAUCACAUCCCAGAGAAUGAGACGCCACUGGAGAGGAAGUUGAGGCAUCUGAGACAGGAGACUGAAGACUGGAACCAUAAGUUCUGGACCAAUCAGAACCUCACAUUUAGUAAGGAAAGAGAAGAAUACGUACAGUCACAACUGAAGGCGAAAGGAUUGUCAGAGAGAGAUGAUCAAGGAAGGAAAAGGACUUUAAGUAGUGAGGAAAUGGCAGUCUUCUACAAACACUUCUUAGAUGAAAACAUGAAAAGGCAUGCCAGUUAUAACAGGGAAUGGUAUAAACGUAAUUUCACCAUUACACUUCUAAUGGCUAAAGUUGCUCUACACAACACAUGGGGGACGCUGACUGGACAAGGGAGGGGAACUGGACGAGAGAAAGGCAAACCUACAUGAAAACUCAAAUAAAGACUGUGUAAAUCAA